AUGAUGGGACGACGAAACUACGAGGCUUUGGUGGACCGCGAGGAUCAACAGUUGCAGAAGCAGCUGUUGCGCAAGUCAUGGUGGAUAAUGGCAGUGGUGGCCAUGGCGGGUGGGGUGGCAAUCUUUUGUUCCAGCAGUCAUUCGCCGAAUUCCCACCAACACCAACACACCAUCCCAACCUUGCUGAGUGUCGUCCAUCACGAAACUGGAGACUAUCUUGUGGCAUUGAAUAAUCCUGUUUAUGAGCGACUCAAAAAGGCAAAAUUCCAUGAUACCCUUUUGGUGGCUAAUAACGCCAAAGAAAUUCCCUCUCUACAUGUCAACCGUUAUCAAAUUGGAGUGAGAGAUCCACUCACUCUUCAUUGGACUCUAGGUCAAAAUAUUCAGGGUGAGCCAUUCUUGGACGAGGACAAGGAUUUGAUCACUUUGCACUGUGGCGAUAAGACCAUGGAUCUGCGUGCCAUGGAUCCGUCCACAGACUUUUUGGAUGCUGCCACUAUUGCCCAAGCACGGUCCACCUCCUGCAGACAUAGCGGUGAAGCGCAUCCACAAAAAUGGCACAUUCCUAGUUUUCCAAUAUUACGCCAUGAAAUCUGCCAAUUUGCUCUCUACAAGGCACUCCCAGAUACCACGGACGGACAACCACAAUACGCUCUAUUAGACAGAACCGAUCCCAUUGAAAUUGAAUCUUCUCGCACUCUACCCACUGGCAUUCAUUUGGCCCUGGGGAGUACACCCAAUGAAAUGGUGGUGCAAUUCACGUCGGGUGAUGUACACCCUCACUUUCCCAGAAAUCAGGAAGGAACUCCCGUGGCACGCUACAGCAAACAAGGUAGCAAGGAUGACGCCCAAAAGGCCACCGGAACCAGUCAUACCUACUCGGCCAAAGACAUGUGCGAGGCACCCGCCAAUAUCACCGAGGCUGGCAAAUUCCAAUCACCCGGAAUGAUCCACGUCAUUCGUUUGGUCGAUUUGGAACCCAACACUGCCUACGAAUACAAGGUAGGCUUGUCGCAUGGACAAGGCAUUACAUGGAGUGACUCGUACUCGUUCCUCUCACCACCACUAGUCACGGGAGAUGCAGCACCUCACUCGUAUUUGGUGUAUGGCGAUCAAGGGUGUCCGGCCACUGGCUGGGGAGACGGGGGCAAAUGGGUAGCGGCCAUGACGGCACGGGAGGUCUUGAACCCCAAAGACAAGAAUCAGCCCAUUCGAUCCGUCCAUCAUUUUGGGGACCUUUCCUAUGCCGUGGGAGCGGCACAUAUUUGGGAUGCAUGGCUCAACAUGAUUUCUCCCUUUACCACUAAAGUCCCACUCAUGGUGGCGGUAGGCAAUCACGAAUACGAUCACUUGUCGGGAGGUGGCAAUGGAAAGGAUCCCUCUGGUGUCAAGAACGAGGAUGGAUACCGACCAACCUGGGGCAAUUUUGUUAAUGAUUCUGGUGGGGAAUGUGGUGUCCCCACUUCCAAUUACUUUACCAUGCCCAACAGUACCAAGAGCAAUGGAGUGUUCUGGUACUCCUAUGACUUUGCCAAUGUCCACACCACUGUGAUUUCGUCCGAACAUGAUUUGGCUCCUGGUUCGGUUCAGUACCAGUGGCUGGAAGCAGACUUGCGAUCUGUGAAUCGGACCUUGACUCCUUGGUUAAUCGUCGAGUCGCACAGGCCCUUGUAUGAAUCUCAAAUCAAUUGGGAGAACAAUGAUGUUGGUAUUGUGCUACGUCUGGAACUAGAUGAUUUGCUGGUAGACUACAAGGUGGACGUGGUCUUGACGGGCCACUAUCAUGCCUACCUUCGGACCUGCGAUGGAUUGCACAACGCCAAAUGUCAUAAUGGUGGCCCCAUUCACCUUACGAUUGGAUCGGCAGGUGCCGCAUUUCUGGAUACCGACCUCUAUUCCAAUUCCUGGACGGACAAGUUCAUCAAAAAUGAAUUUGGGUAUGGACGGAUCACCGUGGCCAACGCCACUGCUCUGCACUUUGAAUUUGUCAAGGCGGGAGACAGCGAUGACAAAACAGCUGGUGAAGUGCACGACGAAGUUUGGAUCGUCCGUGAGCGAUGA